AUUAUUGGCAGACCUCCUCUCCCAUCCAUUAGCGAAGUAUUUGCCGAAGUCAGAAGGGAAGAGAGCGGAAGGAGCGUCAUGCUUAAGAAAAAAGGUACUGGUGAAUCAAUUGAAAUUUCUGCUUUAAUUAGCGAUGCUGCGGCCAACAAGGCUGCAAAUUACCAGCGCGGGUUUGAUAAUAAGCCACGGGUCUGGUGUGAUUUUUGCAACAAGCCUCGCCAUACACGCGAAACGUGUUGGAAGAUCCAUGGCAAACCUGUCAACUGGAAAAGCAGCAAACAAGGAGAGAAAAAUUGUGGCUUUCCUACCGCUAAUGAAGCCGAUUCAGGUCCCUUCAACAAAGAGCAGAUUGAUCAACUCUUAAAGCUGAUAAAAUCCAACUCCUCAUCCGGUACUCCUAGUGUUUUGUUGGCACAAACAGGACCAGAACUCGGGGAUGAUGAUUGGGCGUGCUAGGAUGCUUGAAGGUCUUUACUACUUUGAUGAAGUACCUGUUAGUAAUAAAAAAGCUCAGAGCUUUAAUAGUACUAGUUCAAUCUCUGUUCGA